UCCUCGAAAGCCAGCUGGGGGACGAAGGACCUUUAAACAGAGACGAACAGUACAGGACGACGGCGAAUCUUUCCUUCAGAGCUGUGCUAUUUUUGGUGUCAGUCUCCUUUUCCGGAGACUUGAAUGAGCUGUAACCCAAGAUGCCUCUAAAUGAUGAGCGACCCACCUCCACAUCCAGCGGUGAGGACCAAGGCAGUGAUGUGGAGUCGUCGUCAGAGCGCUGUGACAGUAUGACCUCGACCAGUGACUUGGACUGCUCCCGUGAAAGCUUCACCAGCGACUGCUCUAGCAAACAUUGCACACCCUCCUCGAGUCCACCCAAAACCUUAACGCUGGAUGAAGUCAUGGAGUCUGCCAGAGAUCUCUCCAAUCUCAGAUUUGCCCAUGAGAUCACUGUUAACCACAACUUCCAUCUAGAGCCGGACAGCCUAUCUCAGGACAGUUUAUGGAAGGUAGUUAGAGAUAACGUCCACAAGGCCUUCUGGGACAUCCUGGAGUCGGAACUGAAUGAUGACCCACCUGAGUACGGCCAGGCCAUCAGACUACUGGAGGAGAUCAGAGAGAUCUUACUGUCAUUCCUUAAUCCGGGUGCCAAUCGAAUGAGGACCCAGAUCAUGGAGGUUCUGGACAUGGACCUAAUUCGUCAGCAGGCUGACAACGAUGCUGUAGACAUCCAAGGGCUCUCCUCUUACAUUAUCACCACCAUGGGCAAGAUGUGUGCACCGGUGAGGGAUGAGGACAUUAAGAAGCUGCGGGAAAGCACAGAUAACAUAGUGACACUAUUCAGGGAGAUCUUCCGUGUGCUGGACUUGAUGAAGGCAGACAUGGUCAACUUUACAAUUGAUAAUCUGCGGCCUGUGCUACAGAGACAGAGUGUUGAAUAUGAGCGGGCAAAGUUCCAGAGCAUCCUGGAAAAAACACCCAAUGCGUUGGACCACACCACCUCCUGGAUUAAGUCAGUACUGGAGGAGCUGUUGUCAGCCAACAUCCCCACAGAACAGACUCAGGGGAAAGGACAGCGAGCUCUGCCAGGGCCUUUCCAGAUCCUCAAUGCCGCCUUCCUCCGUAUCCUCACAUGGGACGAUGAUAAGGGCCCACUGCCUGAGACCUGGAUGACAGAUGAGGCACGUCUGCGAGAGAUUCAGUGGAAGCUCCAGCAGUAUCAGGCGGUGAAUGAGGUUCUGCUCAUCGUCUACAGCACCGUUGGAGGGCCUAUCCAGGGUCUGCCCUCUCUGUCUGACCGCCUGAAGAGGAUGACCAGUGUGCUGUUGGAUGGGAUGCACAGCCCGGACUUUAACCUAAAAGAGGCACUAGAGGGCGUCAGUACUCAGAUCUGCUGUGAGCUCAACAAGUCUUUAACAGAGAGGAACUACCCUGCACUGACCCCAGCGCUGCAGGCCACCCUCACAGGCCAGAUCUGCGGCAUCACAGAGAGGGAUAAUCCCAUCCGAACUUUAGUUGAGGAUCGAGUGCAGCAGUACUUCAUGGCGCUCAUCUGUGACCCUAAACCCCAGGCCAAACUUGAACAGGUACCAGCUGGCUUGACUGCCAUCAAGCCUGAACUAUCAUUUAUGGGAGCAAAGUUCAUCUCCCUGGUCAACUAUAACAAGACUGUCUAUGGACCCUUCUAUGCGGAUAUCAUGAGGAAGCUGAUGUUCAGCAGCAGCCCACCAGCGGAAAAUCCUCCUCAGAACGUAGCUCAGCACUCUGUCACCUCCAAUUAAAACCAAACUUUGGCUCAUGCAGUCUAUGGAGUCUUUUUGCUACUAGAUAUAGCUGAACCUUAAGGAGGUACUACAAGAGCUAUGCAGCACUACUGCAUUGCUCAGCCAGUGUGCUCCAAUAGUUGGAGUUACCCUCAGUGUAUUGUAAGUGUAGUUUUUAUUACUACAUUUAGCAGUGAAGGCACUGCAGUGUAGGCACCACGUGGUCAACAUUUAAUGUGACCAGCAUCCUUUGAGAUAAAUGUUCUAAGAUAUGCUCUCCUAUGAACAUUCACUGCUUCAAACUAGACCACCAGUGUUACAGUGAUUCAUUUUUGAACCUAAUAGUGACCCUACAUUAUCAAACUCUACUUUUUUAUUUUAAAGGGAGUCUAUAGGGGAACAAGGGCAAAACCUUAGUAUGUCUAUUACAUACAGUAAGCUUUAUGAAGCAAAUAGGAAUAAAAUUCAAGGAUAUAUAUUAAGAAAAUUAGCAGAGUAGCAUUUGACUAUAGUUUACUAUGACUAUGAAUAAUGCAAAACGUGAGGUAACUCCUUUCCCACUUAGCCCCAUUUAGCCCUUUUGAAUCUUCUCUGUUUCACUGUUUUUAUCAGCAAGAGACCUAGACUCUCUCUAUUCUCUUUAAUCCACUGAUGUUAUUUAACAGCAAAAAUAUAAAUAGAAAUUGAAAAAAAAAGCUGUUUCAGAUUUUGACUUCUUGAAAAAUGAAAUAACAGUUGUCUGCAUGAGUAGCUUUGUGUUGGGAUUAUGUCAUGUUAGUUUAUACUUGAGUACUUUGUUGGAGUAUUUGUCAUAUGUUGUAUGUUCAAUACUUUUACUUACACUUUGCUAGCGGAAUACCUGUUAUAUUGAUUUAGUUAGUACAUUUGUUACAUUUUGAGGUACUGUAGUUGUUACAGUAUUGUUAUGUUGGCUGUUGAAACCCGUUGGGAAAUGGAAGGUGCUGAACUCAAAGUGAUUUGUGUCCAAAAUUUCCAGCAGACCUAAAUAUGCACAAAGAAAAGCAGUUAUGUACUUUAACUAAAGUUUACACAGAAUGUGGUAUGUUGUUGUUCUUUUUUUCUGUACCACAGUUAAUAUAAUAAAGUAAAAAAGAUACAAAAAUUG